UGUGGCUUGAAGGACCGAGCGAGCGGGCAGCCAUGGAUCACGACGAAGUUGAGGAUACGAUUGAGCCCGUGUACUUGGACCUGGAGGACCGCGAGCUGUACCUCGUGAAGCUGCCGAAGGAGCUCGGGAGCUCGUGGAAGAACAUCACUGAGAGCGAAAUCCUCUUGGGCACACUGCGUAUGAACAAGCGCGACGCGCUCGGCCGGCGCAAGGGCGUCUUGACGGUGAACUCGGACACCCUUAGCGAAGAGAUUCCGACCGAGUACCGCACGGAGCUGACGCGGUCGGACCUCGGCCUCAAGGUCUUUUCGCAGGACGGCUCGGGGCGCAUGGCCAUUGAAGGCAAAGUCACCGAGUCGUGCUCGAUGAUGCCCAAGCCGGGCGAGCGCUACAAGAAGCAGCUUGGCGUUCGCUACGUCAAGUCGAUGCAGAAAGGCACGGUCGUACCCCUCGAGAGCACGCCCAAGCAAGUCAAGGGUGGCAUUACGAUCAAGAUUCCCAAGCACAAGGAGAGCGAAGACGAGGAGGAAGAAGAAGGCAAAAUCAAAGGCCCCUCCGAGCCGUUCAAGAAGAUCAAGAUGGACCGCGAAGCGCUCAAGAACCAGAUUUUUCACUAUUUCGAGCAGCGCGAGUACUGGCCGCUCAAGGAACUCAACGCCCACUGCCGCCAGCCCGAGGCCUACCUCAAGGAAAUCCUCAAGGAGAUCUGUGUUUACCACAAGAAGGGCCCGAACAAGAGCUGCUACGAACUCCAGCCGCACUUCAAGGAGCAAAAGCCUUGAGUGUGUUCUCUUACACGGCGUUUAUCCCAAUGUAUUGUUCUUCUCCGAUGAUG